AUGUCCAAGCUCGCGGAGAAGUCCCUCCCAUUCUUCAAUGUCAUGAAGCAGAGGAGCAGUUUCACUUGGACCCCGGAAUGCCAAGAGGCCUUCGACCAGUUUAAAGCAUACUUAUCCGCGGCGCCGGUUCUUUCCAAGCCAGAGAGAGGGGAGACAUUGUAUGUAUACCUCGGGGUGGCACCCGCGGCCAUUAGCUCGGUGCUACUCAGAGAGGAAACAGGCAUCCAGAAACCUAUCUAUUACGUCAACAAGGCCCUGCAUUACGCCGAGCUCAGGUACACCCCGCUUGAAAAAACAGUAUACGCCCUCGUUAGAACGGUCCGGAAGCUAGUAUACUAUUUCCAAGCACACUAUGUAAUCGUCCUGACAGACCAGCCCCUGGGCACCAUCCUGAGAAAUCCGGUCUCGUCGGGCCGCAUGGUGAAGUGGGCGGUCAAACUCUCCCAGUAUAGCCUCGAAUACCGCCCCCGCACGGCUAUCAAGGGCCAAGCCCUCGCUGACUUCAUCUUAGAAUGCACUAUCCCGGAACGCAAGGAAGGACAACCUGAAGAAAGCAUAGGGGAGUGGGAGAUGUACACCGACGGCGCCUUUAGCAAAAAGGGUUGUAGAGGUGGCGUCGUGCUCAUCUCGCCAGAAGGGUUGAAAGCCUACCAAGCCCUCAGAUUCCGCUUCACUCUCUCCAACAACGAAGCUGAAUAUGAGGCCUUAAUCGGGGGCCUGAGGUUGGCCCAGGCCCUGCAAGCACGCAGCCUCAAGAUUCGGUCAGAUUCGCAACUGGUCGUGGGCCACGUCAACAACCAGUUCGAAGCGCGGGAAGACAGGAUGCGGCAGUACCGGGACGUAGUGCAGAGAUUAUUGCCCUCUGUAGAUCGGUGGGAACUAGCCCAAAUUCCGAGGACAGACAACGGCGAGGCAGACCUACUGUCUCGAAUUGCCCAAGGCGUCGAAGACCACCUAAGUUACAUGCCAAAGAUAGCCCGGACGAUCGACGUCAACGCACCUAGGAUAGGAAAGGACGAAGUCCUAGCUAUAACGCCACCCCCAGACGAAUGGAUGCAGGAGAUGACCCGUUACAAGGAACAGGGUCUCACACCGCAUGACCCCCAGAGAGCACGAAAGAUAGUGGCCAUGGCUCCGUCUUACCGAAUGAUUGAAGGACGAUUAUUCAAAAUAUCCUUCGGGGGGCCCAUGCUCCGGUGCUUAACCAGGGCAAAAGCCGACAAAGUCAUCGCGGAAGUCCACGAGGGAGUGUGUGCCGCACACCAGGGCGCCCAAACCUUGGCUAGGAAAAUUAUCUUGCAAGGAUACUACUGGCUCCGCAUUAGAUCCGAUUGCCAAGACAAUGGGAGGAAGUUCCCUACGUGCCAACAAUUCACGAUUUUACCCGGCAAGCCCGCCUCCUACUACACCCUGGUCACCUCAGCCAUCCCAUUUGCGUGGUGGGGUGUUGACUUGGCAGGACCUUUCUCCAAGGGGGUGGGAAGCCUAAAGUUCUUAAUCGUAGCCAUAGACUAUUUCACCAAAUGGGUAGAGGCGGAGCCCCUUGCCUCCAUCACAGGGACCCAGUCCCGAAAAUUUAUGUGGAAAAAUAUCUUCACAAGAUUUGGGUUACCCCAGCAAGUCGUGUCCGACAACGCAAGCAGUUUAACAACCAGGAUUUUGCUCAUUUCUGCGCUUAUUAUGGGGUGGAGCAUAUCAAGGUAG